AUGUUAUCAGCAAUUCUUUACCACAACUUAUUGAACGUCUUUUUGCAUCAGCCGCAAAAUUAUUCUUCAUGAAAUUACCAUAUUUUACUUUUAAAAUUGUGAAGAUAUACUCAGCUUUAUAAAUGAACUCCAACUCUUCAAUACGUGUUACGAAAAACUAUAUACUUUUCUUCGAAAAUUUGGUAGUGCUAUCAAAAAAGUAAAUGCAAGAUGCAAAUUUAUCAUGAGUCACUCUGUACAUUUCGUAUGUUUACUACCAACUUAAUGUCACAUGUAGAUGUCUGAGUAUCACACUGUAAAAGAAUCGCGAGUGGGAGUAGUUGGGUAAUAUCUGGUUUCCAGUGAAUUAGUCUGAGUUUAUUAGUGAAGCAGUCAUGAUGGAACUUAAGAUGAUCUUAAGAAAAAGAGUUUGUAAUUUUGUAAUUUUUGUUUAUCUCCUACAAAUGUUACACUUAAAUACAUCUACUAUAUUGGGAAGUUGUCCAAUGUUAAGUAGCGGCAGUUCUAUGACACAAACUGAACUUUUGCAAGAAUUAACGAACGAUUGCCGUUAUGAUAAAAUGAGUAGGCCUUUUGGAGAACCUAAUGCUACAGAUCCAAUUAAAGUAUACACCAGAGCAUAUAUUUACACAAUUAAAUCGAAUAUGGCCAAAACACUGCAAUUUGAUGUACACAUGAUGUUGCAAUUUAGAUAUUUGGAUACCAGAUUGAAAUUCUCAGAGAUUGCUCCAUAUUUAAGCCAAAUAUAUGGUGGACAGCUUGCACAUGAUUUAAUCUGGACACCUUCUGUUUAUGUUUCCAAUGAACGUAGUUCAGCCAUAAUGGGAAAUGGUGUUAAAGAUUUACUUGUUUCCAUAGAUCCAUCAGGCAUGGUUGUAUUGAACACUAGGUUACAAGCUACUCUUAACUGUGGCCUUCGCUUGGAAAAGUUUCCAUUUGAUGUACAGGAAUGUCCACUUAUUUUUGAAAGCUGGACACACAAUGUGCAUGACAUGGUGCUGUAUUGGGAUGAAGAACCAAUCAUACUUGCAGAUGAAUUGCAUUUAACUGAAUACAAACUUAUUGACAAGUGGGUUAAUACAUCAGAAGUGUUUUAUGCCACAUCUCAACAACAUUAUGGUCAUUUUGCUGGCAAUUUUAGUACAAUUAGUAUAACAUUUAAACUUUCACGUGAAAUGGGAUUUUUCAUGAUGGACUAUUAUAUACCAUCUAUAUUAAUAGUAGUUAUUUCUUGGGUAUCUUUUUGGUUGCAUAUGGAUGCAAGUCCCCCACGAAUAGUUUUAGGAACAAACACUAUUUUAACAUUCAUGACUCUUGCAUCAAAAGUAGAAAAUUCUUUACCGAAAGUUUCGUAUAUAAAAGCUAGCGAAAUAUGGUUUUUAGGUUGCACCAUAUUUUUAUUUGCAGCAAUGGUUGAAUUUGCUUUCGUUAAUACAAUUUACCGGCGGAAGAAAAAUGUACCAUUAAAAAAAGUAAAUAGUAAAUACAUACUAAAAUCGACACUAACGCCAAAAUUGGCACGGAAACAAUUUCAAAAAAAUACCACAGGUCUGGAACGAUCGCGUUCUUGGUCAUCACUCGAUAAUGCAAAUACUAUUGGACAAGAUUAUUCAAGUCAAAAUUAUCUCACUGUUCACAGCUUUCCAAGUACUCUUAACAUUCCCUCUGUGAAAAUUGAUGAAGACAGAGAUCAAGAAUGCUCCGUAGAAAGCAUUACUUCCGUUAAUAGUACUCCACCGGCAAAACCUUUUUCACGAAGAGCAACUCUUGCACAAUUGCAUAAUUUUACAACAAUGACACCACAAGAAAUUGCUCAAUGGAUUGAUAGACGUAGCAGAAUAGUCUUUCCUGUUGCUUUUAUCAUAUUUAACAUUCUUUACUGGUCUUUUAUCUGGAUAUAAAAAUCUGGUAAUAAAAUUAAAUAUACUUGACCGGUUAAAUCAUAUAUUUUUUUAAUAGUUGACGUGGAAGUUAUUAAAAAAUUUAAAAAAAGAAAUGUGAAUUGUAUAAUUUACAUUCAUUUCGUAAAUUCAAAUAUUGAAUUUAAAGUGUUUAUUUCUUCAUUGCGCUUUUUAUAUUAUUUAGUCAUUGUUUAGUUAUGUAAUAUAACAAAAGUUGUUUUAUACAACACAAAGGUAGAUUUCGUAGAGAUUUAGUGAUGGAAAAUCUACUACAAAAAGAUUUUGGUAAGAAUGCGUGUAUUCAAACAGUCUGUAUAUAUAUGAAGCUAUGGCAGAAAAGAGUACUUUUACCUGCUCUAUAUGCAGAAUCCGAGGCACGAUGUACGGUAAAGUGAAACUAUUUGUUUUUGUAUUUGGGAAGCAGAAGAUAUGUGUCUACAGAUUGGAGCAAGGGGGUAGAGAUAGAAAGAAUAAAGACAAUGUUGGUGGUCUUAAAUGGCCAUUUAAUGUAGGUUAAGUUUCUACAUUUAAUAACUGACAUCAUAAUCAUUGCAUGUAAAAAUAUGUAAAUUCACUUGAUGCCACUGUUAUUGCACCAACAAAGUCAAAAAUAUUUUUUGUCGCCAGUCAUGUCUUCAUUGUUAAUAGUUUUCCUAUAAAUAAUAAUAAAAAUGUCAAAUAAAUCAUCAAAAUGUAUAAUACAGUUCCUACAGGUAUACAAAGAAUAUCUACGCGUGUGCAAUCGUAAACUUCCAUCAUAUACCAUCAUCAUCAUCAUCAUCAUUAUGUAUGCAUGAGUAUUAUCCAUGCUUUCAUUUCUUUUCAAUAUUUUUUGUAAUUCUAAAGAUCUAAUUUAUAUUACCAUGUUGAAUCCUCCACCAGAAAUUUAUAGAAACGUAAAUUUGCGUCACUAAUAGUGGCACCACAGGGUAUCCUAUAUAAAAUAACCCGACGACGCCCAAUAUGUUCCAUCCAGUACAUGAUGAUCACGCGGUCAUAUUUGCCAACAAUUGGUUUAGAUGAUACACGAUUAAAAACAACAAAUUUUUAAUGAUAAACAGUGCAUUAAUAAUAACAUUAUUGGUAUUUGUUAGAGAACUAUAAUCAACAAGAUAGUAUCGAAAAAGCUUUAUUUAUGACACAAUCUCAUGAGGACAUAUAAACAGAGCGUAGCAAUAUAUGUAUAUGAUGCAAUUGUAUGUCAGGAUUAUAAUUACAAUGCAAUUCUCUUCGUAAAAAUGGUUAUGCAUUAAAAACCCCUAAUUCUUUUAGCUUUUCUUGAUGCAUUCAUUAUUUACAUUUUAUAUUUUAUUAUGUUCUUUUAUGUCAUUCUACAUAAUUGUCUUCAAGUACAUAGAACUAAUCAAAUGUAUAGUACAAAAUGUAUCCUCAUGAUUUGAAUCAAGAAAUUAAAAAGUUUCAUUUGAAUAGAAGUCACAGAUAUGUUAGUGUUAUUCCUAUAUUUUUGUACACUAUGGAUUCUAUUUAAAUUUAUUUGUAUGUGAUAUUACAUUCUGUCGUUAUUAUGUUUUACAUUAAGACCUAAUUAUUGCGUUUGAGGUUUUCCUAAUACAUUAUUCUUAAUUUCUUGUAGCAAAGUAUAAAAAUAAGAAUGAAUUGUAAUUACUCUGUAACAGUAUUCAAAAAGUUCAAUAGGAGUUCAGAUUAUUUUAAUUUUUUAAAGAAAUAGUCAGUUAUAAUGUAAGUGUUAGCUUAUUUCUACAUUUCAAUAUUUAUAUAUAUAAUCUUAAUCUGGGAAUGCAAAAUGUUAAAUAAUUAUUCUAAAUAACUUCAUUAACCUGUAUCAUACAUUUUAAAUACAUACAUUAAUUUACUAAUAAUUAUAUGUGCAAAAUAGGUAUAGUUCUAUACAUAUUCUUCAUAUGAGCAUGUUACACAAUAAUAAACAAAGUCUUUUAAGAAAUUUAUAUUUUCAUGCAAUAUAUAUUAAGAAUUCAGCCUGAUUUGAUCAACCUUAUUACAAAAUUAAUGACACACCAUACAUAUGUUUAAUAUACAAUAUAUCUUAUACCUUGAAUGAUUGAUUCAAGAAGCUUUCGUCAAAGUUCAUUAUAUUCCUUUUAUGAAGUGUCAGCUGUUAUUAAAAUAGUGUUUUUGUUCAUUUUAGAUAUUGUAAUAUCAAUUUUACAGAUCUAUUGAAUCACAGAAACAAAUGUUGUAAUAAAAAGGCAUGAAACAUUAAUUAACUGAAUAUAAUUUAGUUAUUAUUUAAAACAAUUCAAGUUUAUUAAUAGUGUAAAUAGUAUUCCUAUACUACAUUGCACUUAAAUUCGAAUAAUUUUUCAUUUUUAAUAAACAGGAUAAUUUACUAACACUUUAUUACAAUACAGUAACUAUUAUAAAUUGACUUUUUUUUUUAAUCACAACGUAAUACAAGAAUAUUAAUAUGUAUCAAUAUUUUAAUAGCAAAAUUUGUAUACUGUAUGAUCAAAAUCCUACAUACACAAUCUAUAUAACACAUGUAUCUGAAAAGUGACACAACUCAACAAUAAUUUAUAAAUACCACCAGGAAGAAGUUAAGUAAAUAUUUCUCUAGUAGUCACCAGAAGUAAAUCAUUUCAACUCGUGAUUUUGUGAAUGUGUAGACAAAAGUGAUGUUUAUGUAGGUUUGAUUAGGUUUGUACCCACUUAAUAAAACUUGCAUUUUUUAUUUAUGUCACGUUUCAAAUAUAUAUGCGAUUAUCUUUAUUAAGCUUCAUAUCGAUGUUUAUGUACCAUCUAAUAUUGGUUAAUUAAUAGAAUUAAUAAAAACGAGUUUUCCUAUUUUGCGAGGCAGAUAUAACCUUAUUUAAAAAUUGAAAAAGUUGUAAGUUGUGAUAUUCUAAAAUCCUCAAAAGUAUUGUAUAUUAAAUACAUCAAAUAUUACAAAUGGACAGUAAUAUAAUUUUGUUAUUAUUAAAUAUCGCGAUACUUUUAAUUAAUUAUUUUUAAUAAUUUUGGAAGUAUUUAAGACUUUGAUUAUACAAAAUACUUACACUUACAAAUACUUAGGAUGUCAUUUUACGCAUGCAUGCGUAUAAAUGAUAACUGGAUACGCGAUAAAGAAAAUUAUGUUAGUGACAUACGAGAAAAAUAUAAUUAUGAUUUCUCCAUUAAAUGCUUCAAAAGAUAUAUAAUGAUAUUGUAAUAAUUCACUAUACUUCAUUUGAAUUAAAUAUGAAUACAAUCAUUUUUAAAUAUUGAAAUACAAAGAGAUACUUCAAAUGUAUUAAGAUAAUUAAGAAGACUUUGAUUUGCAAAUUCUUAAAUAUAUUUAUUUAAAUCGUUUAUUGUAAAUUCUAUACAAAUGUAUCAAAUUCUAAAAAGUAUUAAUUCAAACUAAACUUGUCAAUGCAACACAUUUUUAUACUUUUGGGUAUCAGUAAAUACAUAAACUAAUUUGAAAAGAAGACAACUGACAUGUAUCACAAUCUGAAUAACAAAAACACUGACAAUAUUAAAAGGAAAAAUCAUUAUCAUUCGUAUUACUUGUAUAACACUUUAAUAUUUUACUUUAAUAUAUUAAAAAGUUCCUAGUUAAAAAAUCUCGAAAAUUAUGUAGAACGUUUCUCAAUAAAUUAUUCAAAUAAAUAAAAUUUUAAAAGAAAAUGCAAUAGUUUUACAAUUUAAGAAAAUAUUAACAUCUUCCUAUUUCAUUAUUGGGUAAAUUGGAAUUACAGAAAAAUAAAUUUUAAAAUUAAAUUCAUGAAAUAAAUGAAUUACAUUGGAACAUUUAAAUAGAACAAUAAGAAUAGAACAAAAUACAAAAUAA